CCUUUAGAAAUUUCUAUAUAGCUCUCUAGCAAAACUUGAGUCUUCAUGGAUAAGCUUGUCCUAGCAUUUUUCAUUUCCUAUUUCUUCAUUUUUCCACUAGGGAAAAUUGUGCAUGGUGCUAGUUCUAGAAUAACCUCUUGUAGCCAAACUCCAUACCCUGACGUCUGCAACAAAUUCAUGGGAAAUGGAAUUAAUCUUGCAGCAAGCCUUGAUCAAACCCAUUUCUCAUUCCGUGACUAUGCCAUUCAGGUGACCCUGAACCAAGCAGUUCGAGCUCACCAGCUCGUCUCGUCGAUGGACGUGAGUUCAUUCGAUGUGCGAGCCAAGUUGGCCUGGAAUGAUUGCUUGGAGCUAUAUGAGGACACCGUUUACCAUCUUAACCAGUCAAAGAGCACAAACAAUCCAAUGGAUGCUCAAACCUGGUUAAGUGCGGCAAUUGCCAACCAACAAACCUGCCAAAAUGGUUUCAUUGACUUCAACUUGGCCUCUAAUUUACAAAACUUUCCAUCUAUGUUAACCAACUUUUCAAAGUUACUCAGCAAUUCCCUGGCCAUAAAUAAGGCCACUGUUACAUCCUCUUCUACUCACAGUACUACUGCUAAACAAGUUGGCAAUCGACGCCUGCUUGUCACCGGAUUCCCAGCUUGGCUUUCGGCUGCUGAUAGAAAGCUCUUGCAAAAAACAGGUGCACCAACCAAUGCUGAUAUCGUGGUGGCUCAAGACGGUUCUGGUGAUUUUGAGAGCAUAUCCGAGGCAGUGGCAGCAGCUGGUGGGGGCAAAAGAACUGUUAUACACGUGAAAGCUGGAGUUUACACGGAAAAUGUGGUCAUUAGUAGGUCAGCUAAAAAUAUAAUGUUAAUUGGGGAUGGAAUUGAUGCCACGGUUGUUACUGGUAGCAAGAAUGCUCAGACCACUACAACUUUUAGUUCGGCAACUGUUGGUGUUUCGGGUGAUGGCUUCAUAGCACGUGAUAUAACCUUUGAAAACACCGCCGGACCCCAGAAAUACCAGGCGGUAGCCCUCCGGUCCGGCUCCGAUUUCUCAGUCUUCUACCGUUGCAGCUUCAAAGGUUACCAGGAUACAUUAUAUGUCUACUCUCAACGCCAAUUCUAUCGUGACUGUGACAUUUAUGGAACCAUAGACUUCAUAUUUGGCGAUGCUGUUGCUGUGUUUCAAAGCUGCAACAUCUACAUCCGUAGACCAAUGAGCAAUCAAAUGACCACCGUCACAGCACAAGCAAGAACCGACCCUAACGAGAACACAGGCAUAAUUGUCCAUAAUUCACGCGUCACGGCGUCGUCAGAUAUGAGGGCUGUUCAAGGAUCGUUCAAGAAUUAUUUGGGGAGGCCGUGGCAGAAAUAUUCAAGAACAGUGUUCAUGAAGAGUGCUUUGGAUGGACUGAUUGAUGCAGAAGGUUGGUUACCAUGGAGUGGAAGUUUUGCCUUAAAUACCCUUUACUAUGCUGAGCAUAUGAACACUGGUGCCGGAGCAAGUACAAGUGGAAGGGUGAAGUGGGGAGGAUAUCAUGUCAUAAACGCCGCCGAGGCCGCAAAAUUUACUGUGGGGAAUUUUCUGGCCGGAGAUGCUUGGAUUCCGGGCACCGGAGUGCCAUUUGAUGCUGGCCUGUGAUAUCCUUUAUGGAGUUGGAGGUGAUUUCGCCAUUUGGAAAUUGUAGAUAGGAAAGUGACCUUAGAUGUUGAAAUUGCAUAGGAGAUGCUAAAUAUAUCUUUUAUGUAGUUGAAUUUGUCAAAGCGAAGAAAAAAAAAAGUUGUAGUA